AUGAUUGUGAAGUGCUGUGUAGAUGGUUGUCCCUGGGAAAUUUCAGCAUAUGGUGCAGAUAACAAGAAUAGAUUCCUAGCUGUGAGAAGAUUUAACAGUGAACACUUACAUUGUGCACAAGACAACUUAAUUGUCCCUCACAGAAAGAGGUGCAAAUUUACUUCGGCAGUCAUAGUAGAUGAGUUGAUAUCUUGCAUACACAAAUCUCCAAAUGACAUUAGGCGGGAUUUGGAAAGAGAGUGUGGGGUGAGUCUCAACUACGAACAAGCAUAUAGGGCAAAAGAGAAAGUAUUGGCACAAAUUCAUAGUUGUCCAAAGGAGUCUUAUAUGUUAAUCCCUUGGAUAUGUGAAAUGUUAAGGGAAAGUGAUCCAGAAACGGUAGCAAAGUGGGUUAUAUUGUCACAUAAUAGAUUUCAAGCUGUAUUUAUUGCAUAUAGUUAUUGUGUAAAAGGGUUUUUGGAAGGUGGUAGACCUAUAUUAUAUGUGGAUGGAUGCCACCUAAGCGGUAUGUACAAAGGUACGUUAUUGGGAGCACAAGCGUAUGACGCAGAUAAUGAAUUAUGCCCACUUGCAUAUGCAAUUGUUGGAAGUAAGACGCUCAAUGAGUGGGCAUGGUUUCUUGGUAACAUAAAGGAUAUUACAGGAUCAUUAGAAGUGACAAUAGUAUCGGAUAGGCACAACUCAAUAAAAAGCACAGUGCAAGCCUUGUUUAGAGGAGACCGACAUGUUUUUUGCAACCAUCAUGUCAAGGAGAAUUACAGUGCUGAGUUCUUGAAGAUAACCAGGGAAAAGAGGAGGACCAGCGGGCAAACCAAGAAAGUUGCACUAACUUGA